AUGUCGCGACAAUAUAUGCAUGUACCGCUUUCGAGCCCUCGGCACAUUCGUCUCGUGGUGUUACUUCCGGCUGAAAACCACGCAGCACCUCUCAACUUCUGCAUCGUGGAGACAACGCUGGAUCAGCCUCUUCCCUACGCCGCACUAUCAUAUUCGUGGGAUGCUCCGGCUGGGAGCACCAAACUCGACUGCGGGAACGGAGUUUUACCCGUCACGCCAAACUGUGAAGCUGCUCUUCGUUAUCUUCGGGGCAAGACAUAUUCACGAUUGAUGUGGAUCGAUAGCAUAUGCAUUGAUCAAACCGAGGAUGCCAUAGGCGAGCGAAACCAUCAGGUAUCCUUCAUGGGCGAGAUAUUCAAGAAGGCGGACACAGUCAUUAUAUGGCUUGGUGAGAUGGACGACGAUACCAGAAUUGCCAUGUUGGCAGUCGAGAACGUUAUCAACCAACCUCAACGCUUUGAGAGCUCGGCCGAGUUAAAACUGAGGCUCCGAGCUCUUUCGACUGGCAUCACAAGUGCGGCGGAAGACCCUUUUCGUCCCAUUUCCAGGAGAUCUUGGUUUUAUCGCAUCUGGACCAUUCAAGAAGCCGUACUAGGCCGUUCUGAUCGGGUCAUAGUUGGGUGUGGCAGUGCCAUCGUGCCUUGGGUACACUUGGUCCAGCUGGGCCUCGCAAUGGAAGUCACGGCGUACAGCUGGGAUAUAUGUGCUCGGGCUAUGCGUCUACAAACACGACUCCUCGCCUCCGUGCUAUCUCUAGAACAGGGAGCAUACGAACAACAACUGUUCGAAAGCGCGAACAUUUUGGCACCUUCCGCACAGUCUGCACCACGCGCGGAAGGCUAUCGUUCCUCGCUCUGUCUCAUAUUUGAUGAAGCACGGGAUAAAUUGGCGACAAACCCAAAGGACAAAGUUUUCGCAUUGUAUGGAAUAUUGCAGGAACUUCAAUUUGAGAUGCCUCAGCCUGACUAUAAGAAAACUGUGCAGCGUAUAUACAAGGAGUCGGUGGUUGCAACUAUCAAGCACGAUCAGAGUUUAUUUGUCCUUUACUGUGUACCCACCGCUAGUCGCAGGCCAGGCCUUGCUUCGUGGGUCCCGGAUUGGAGCCAGCCGGCCUGGAAGGAACCGGAUCACAGACAUUGCUUCAGCUACAAACAGUUCGCUGCAGCCAAAGAUUCACGCGGAGGAUGGCGAUUUUCACCGGAUGCGGAUCGUCUCAUCGUGUCGGGAAUAAUUUUCGACUCUGUCGCGUUUCGAUUAGAAGGGGUAACCGAGGAUUACCGACUUGGCAAUAUUUGGCGUGAUCGAAACUUACGCGACAUGAUAUCCCCAAGGGACGAUAUCCUGGACGCUCACAGAGAGACGUUUGAGAUCAUGACCGCUUGGGUGAAGAGUAACCCUGGAAAUUGCUAUCCUACAGGAGAAGAUUGGGAGAAAGCUCUACUACGGACCUUGUUGAUGGACAAGCCUACCUUCGCCUCUCUGUAUGCCGAGUUUAAUGCCUACAACCCAUGGCUCAGAGCCACAACAGCCAGUGAUUUGGAGUUUGUCAAGAUCGGUGUUGAAAAUAUAAAUGCCGCAGACCCCAAUCGGCCGUUGCCUGGUGAUGAGGCGCACUUGAAGGUAUAUUUGGAAUUCCAGACACCCACUCAAUUGUUCUCAAAGGUUUGGCGAUCUAUUUGGAAGUUUCACCUGGCAGCCGAGAGUCAUUGCCGUCACAAAUGCUUUUUCCAUACGAAGAAAGGGUAUUUCGGCUUGGCACCAGACCCUUUACCUACGCCGGCCGCUCCUGGAGACGUGAUCGCUGUGGUCCAAGGCAUGGAGAUGCCGCUCUUGCUCCGCCCUGUCGAUGGAGGAUACAGACUCAUCACCCACGUCUACGUCCACGGCAUCAUGUACGGCGAAGCUUGGCCGGACGACGCAAACGAGUUGGAGGAGAUUGUGUUGAUUUGA